AAAUCUUGGGGAUUUCACAGAACCUUAAAAUCACAUGAUUAAGGAAGAAUAAAUAUACCAAUCAAUCAAUCAUGGCUCUUAUAUUUGUCUGUAAUUGCAACAGCUAAACAAGACGGUCACUGGGGUUUGGAGAUUACUAAGGGCCCUGCAAACUGCAGCACACCAAGACAGUUCAUCACUGAUUCCUUUGGUAAAAACAAUGCAAUGCUUGAACAACUCACUCUUUGCCAUUUCUGCUAUCAUUUAGUGGUUGAGCCUAUCCAUUUAUCCCACUUUUCAAAAGCAUAAUCAAACGCAACCCCCCCAACCAACCAAAAGCAAGGAAAUAUAUACAGCUCAACACACAAGGCAGGGCAGGGGAGGGCAGGGGAGAGGAGGCAGCCUUCUCAAUACACAAAAAUACAGGCAUUGAAAUGGGGAAGACAGGCAGCAGCAGCAUCAUCAGAACAUCAAUCUUCAGUUUCCUGCAGAAUUAUCAGUAUUUUACCUCUUUUUCAGCAUUCCUUGCAUUUCCCUUCUCAGUUUCUCUUCUUCUCUCACAAACUUUUGUUUUCACUUCCUUCACUUCUCUUCUUCCAAGCAUAUACCAUCGCUUCAACAUCCUUUUUGAUGCUGCAGGAUUCCCUCCUUCCUUGGAAUCCUUCUCCAUUUUCACUCACAAGCUUUCCCAAACGAUAUUUUCUUCCAUCUUCACUCUUCCUUUCACUCUUACCUUUCUGCUUAUUGCAAAAGCCUCUGCUCUUCAAGCUUUCAAGGACACCAAACCAAGCUCUCACCCCUCCUUUUCCUCUAUCAGAUCCCUUUACACUCCUCUUCUUUUCACCCAUAUUUGCAACUCAAUCCUCAUACUCUCAGCAAAUGCAACCGUCUUUUCUAUACUUUUCUUCUCUUUCAAUUCCCUUGAAGGGUUUGGCUUUUCUUCUUCCACCAGCUUCCUUUGGUUCUCAGCAGCUGGAGCUGUCCUGUAUUCAUUAGUUCUUGCAAAUACAAUGGUUAUCAGCAACCUAGCAUUAGUUUUGUCAGGCAUGGAAAGGCUUGGAGGUUACUUAGCAAUUCUCAAGGCUUGUGUUCUGAUAAGAGGGAAAACUUCCACAGCAUUACUUUUGGCUCUGCCUACAAAUUUAGCCAUGGCUGCAAUUGAAGCCUUGUUCCAGUACCGUGUAGUGAGAGCUUAUAUUGUUGUUGGAAGGGUAAGUCUUUCUAUGGUGUCCGAAGGGAUCGUCAUUGCAUAUUUGUACUCCAUUUUCAUCGUCCUCGACACCGUGGUGAGUUGUCUGUUCUUCAAGAGUUGCAAGCCAGUUUACUGGGUGGAUCUGGAAGGAAGACAAGCUCUUCAAAUAAAUUCUGUAGAAGAAGACGAUGGUGGCUGCAUCGAUUCAAAGGCUCUACAUCACCUGCAUUCAACUACUUGUGGAUAAUCCAUCCAACAGGACAAUCUGCAGGAAAAAAGUAUAUAGAAUUCAAUUAAAGAACAAUAAAAGCCCGUGGAAUUCAUUCAACAAGCAACUUUCUUUUUUCAUACGGAUAAGCAUCUACAGUAGAAACAAAGAUCCAGGAGCAGAAACCACGUGAAAAAUCUGUAGCUGUUCCUUCAGUUCUUUCUGUUCUUGCCGUUUGUCUUUUAUGUAUUUCACCUUGGUGUUCGCAUUGUAGAUAUCCGAGAGUUGAAUUGUAGUAGAAUAUACAAACCUCCAUUUGUCAGAGCUUGAUUGAAGAAUAAAACUCAAUUUCUAGCAGCCUAGUUCA